UAAUUGUAAGUAGUUUUCGCCUAGGGGGCGCGCACACUUUGCCGAUUGGAGGUGCGCGCAAGAGCCAGUUUCAAAAAAACGCAAAUGUACGCUAGGCCAAAAUUUCGGGACAUGGACGCUUUGUCGCGAAGUAGCCAAAAAUUUGAAUCGCUCGGAAACCAGGAAACUCUAAAUCGGCCUAUUCUAAAUUGAGCUUUACCGUAAUAAUUCAUUUAUUUUUUAAGUAACUUCUACAUUAGUUCGAAAAUUAUUUUUCUAAACAAGAAUGGCUUUUACAUUCGCUGCUUUCUGUUAUCUGUUUGGAUUAAUUGCAAUUGCUUUCUGCAUUUUCUUCGCAAUCUAUACGGUUAUUUGUAUUGACGAAUUAAGAACGGAUUACAAAAAUCCAAUAGAUCAAUGUCGUAGUAUGAACCAGCUUGUCUUGCCAGAAUAUGGCAUUCACUCCUUUGUAUUUUUCUUUUUCGUUCUUUCAAUGCAACUUUUUGCUAUCGUUUGGAAUCUUCCUUUGUUUGCCUACCACAUCCACCGUUAUAUUAAGCGACCAAUAAUGCGUGGACCUGGAAUUUAUGACCCGACAACAAUAAUGAAUCACGAUCAAUUGUCAAAAAUAAAUAGAGAAGGUUGGGUUAAAAUGGGCUUUUAUUUGCUUUCGUUUUUCUAUUAUCUCUAUGCAAUGAUCUAUACAAUGGUUACAACUGGUUGA